AUGGCAAAGACAGUAGAUAACGCCGCCCUGCUUGCGGAAAUUGAUCAAUUAAGGCGUCUGAUAGCGGAGAAGGAAGCGCUGAUUACACCUGAUGGCGGGUCGCUUUCUAAGAAAUCAAAGAAGAAGAGCCAAAUGAACAUGGUGGAGACAGAGCCGGUGCAAGGCUGUCGGGACUUCCCCCCUGAAACAAUGCGUCUGCGCAAGUAUCUCUUUGAUGUAUUCCACAGCACAGCGAGAAAGUUUGGUUUUGAGGAAUACGAUUCGCCUGUCUUGGAAUCAGAGGAACUGUACAUCCGCAAAGCUGGGGAAGAGAUUACAGAGCAAAUGUUUAACUUUAUAACGAAAGGUGGUCAUCGUGUGGCUCUGCGCCCCGAGAUGACACCAUCACUUGCACGACAACUGCUUGCUAAGGGUCGGUCCCUGUUGCUACCAGCGAAGUGGUACUCCAUUCCUCAAUGCUGGCGGUAUGAGGCAAUUACUCGUGGGCGUCGUCGGGAACACUAUCAGUGGAACAUGGACAUUAUAGGUGUCAAAUCGGUUUCGUCAGAGGUGGAGUUGGUGUGUGCUGCAUGUACAGCUAUGCAAAGUUUGGGAUUGUCCUCUAAAGAUGUUGGUGUUAAGAUCAACUCGCGCAAGAUAUUACAGACGGUGGUGGAGCAAGCCGGCGUAUCAGCCGACAAGUUCGCUCCUGUGUGUGUUAUCGUCGACAAGAUGGAGAAACUACCGCGGGAGGAAGUUGUUGCACAGCUCGCCGCCAUUGGACUUGAAAGCAACGUGGUUGAUGCCAUUACGUCAACUCUUAGUCUUAAGACCAUUGAUGAAAUCGCGCAACGCAUCGGUGAGGAGCAUGAGGCAGUGAGGGAACUGAGAGACUUUAUUACACAGAUCGAAGCUUACGGUUUUGGCGACUGGGUCAUUUUCGACGCUAGCGUUGUUCGUGGUCUUGCCUAUUAUACUGGAAUAGUAUUCGAGGGCUUUGACCGCGAUGGAAAUUUUCGUGCACUGUGUGGUGGUGGUCGUUACGAUAACUUGCUGACAACGUACGGGAGUCCGACGGCGGUGCCUUGUGUGGGCUUUGGCUUUGGUGAUUGCGUUAUUGUUGAACUUCUGAAUGAGAAGAAACUGUUGCCAGAAUUACACCAUGUGGUGGACGACCUUGUGAUUCCCUUCGACGAGACCAUGCGGCCGCAUGCCCUCAGCAUCCUUCGUCGGUUGCGCGACGCCGGUCGAAGCGCCGAUAUCGUUUUCGAUAAGAAAAAGGUUGUCCAAGCAUUUAAUUACGCGGACCGCAUAGGAGCCCUGCGUGCCGUCUUGGUGGCCCCUGAUGAGUGGGCCCGGGGUGAGGUUCGGGUUAAAAUGUUGCGCGAAGGGGCGGGAAGGGAGGAGGGAGCCAACGAGCGUGGCAUCGUUCUUCCAGUUGAUAAAAUCGUGUAG